AUGAAAGUAAUGGAGAACAGUUGUGCUGAAAAUGUACAGAUUGGACAAACUGAAAUAUUUAUAAUUUUUCAAUACCUCUUUGUGCUAUCAAUGAUUUUUGCAAUUGAAGAGAUAAACAGAGACCCUAAACUAUUACCAAAUGUCACCUUGGGAUUUCAGAUUUUUGACUCAUGCUAUUCUAGAGAAAAAGCACUGCUGGGUACUCUGUCAUAUUUAACAGGAAAGCAGGAUCUUGUUCCAAACUACAGUUGUGAAACUGCAUCCUUACGGCCUGCUGUAAUUGGUGAUACUCCAUCAUCAUCUUCUCUGAUUAUGGCUACAGUGCUGGGACUCUACAGAUACCCCCAGGUGAGCUAUGCUUCAGCAGUUUCCUUGCUGAGUAAUAAAUUGAUGUAUCCAUCAUUUAUGCGAACAGUUCCAAAUGACGAUUUCCAAGCUGUUGGUAUAGCUCAGCUGUUAAUUCAUUUUGGUUGGACCUGGGUAGGGAUUUUGGCAUCAGAUAAUGAUUUUGGGAUACUGGGCAGCCAGAUAUUACAAACAGAAAUGAUCAGGGCUGGAGGGUGUAUAGCAUUUAUUGAAAUGGUCACCAAGGAUAAAGAGAAGAUUCCAUCUACUGUAAAUGUGAUUCAGAAGUCAUCAGCAAAUGUUAUUGUAGUGUACUCCACUGCGGAAAACCUGGUUUCAUUGCUGGAUGCCAUAUCAUCUGAAAAUGUCACAGGAAGGAUUUGGAUUAGUUCUACUGGCUGGCAUAUAUCUUUAGAAAUGCUCACUUUGAGGACUAUCAGAAUGUUAAAUGGUGGCAUUAGUUUUGCCAUCCACAAAGGUGAUAUUCCUGGUCUUACAGAAUUCUUGCACAGUAUCCACCCAUUUACAUCUCCUAAUGAUAUCUUUAUAAGAGCAUUUUGGGAGGAAGCUUUUGCUUGCCAGUGGCUAAAAUCUGAUGGAAAUACUUCAACAAACAAAAAUGUUACACUGUGCACGGGUUAUGAAGAUUUAAGAAUACUUAGCAUUUCUGUGUAUGAUGUGUAUAAUUUCACUUACAUGCUUAGCAUAUACAAUGCUGUGUAUGUAGUAGCAUAUUCCCUUCACAACUUGCUUUCAUGUAAAAAUGGAGAAGGGCCAUUCCAAAAUAAACAGUGUGGGAGUAUCCAUGAUUUUCUGCCCUGGAAGCUGCUUCAUUAUGCAAAGAAUGUAAAUUUUAAAAAUAGUGGAGAUGAAAACAUGUAUCUUGAUGCAAAUGGGGACCCACCAGCAAGGUAUGACAUCCUUAACUUUGCCUUGUUCCCUGAUGGAUCCAACAGGUACUUCAAAGUUGGUAGCUAUGAGAACAAAGCCAUUGGAAGGCCAGAGCUAACAAUCAAUAUCGGAGACAUUUUAUGGAAUGCAAGAUUCAGUCAGGAAGUUAUCCCUCAGGAGCUAAAGGAUGUUUCCAUUGUCCAUCUCUAUAAGAGAAAGGGAAACAGGCAGUCUUGUGACAACCACAGAGGAAUCUCUCUCCUGGUCAUUGCUGGCAAAAUCCUUGCCAGAGUCCUCCUCACCCAUCUCAUUCAACACAUGGAAGAUGGACACCUGCUAGAGAGUCACUGCAGCUUUAGAGAAGGCCGAGGGACACUGGACAUGAUAUUUGCAGAAAAUCAAAUUCAGGAGAAGUGCCAGGAACAAAACAAAGACCUUUAUACAAUGUUUGUGGACCAGACUAACGCCUUUGACACCAUUAGUCAUGAGGGGCUAAAGCGGAUCAUGGAGAGCUUUAGCUGUCCAGGCAAAUUUAUCAGUAUGGUGCACCAGUUUCAUGAUGGCAUGCUUGCUCGAGUACUGGAUGAUGGAGACUCCUCUGCUGCCUUCCCAGUCACCAACAGAGUUAAGCAAGGCUGUGUAUUGGCACCCAUGCUGUUCAGCAAGAUAUUCUCGGCCAUGGUGGCAGAUGGCUUCUGCAAUGAUGAAGAAACCAGCAUCAAGAUUAGAUACAGGACUGAUGGCAGACUGUUCAACCUGUGGAGGCUACAGGCCAAGACCAAGGUUGAAGAGGACUUUCUGUGCAAUUUCCUGUUUGCAGAUGACUGUGCACUCAAUGCUGCCACAGAGGCCCAGAUGCAGCUGAGUAUGAACUGCUUUUCCACUGCCCGCAGAAACUUUGGCUUCACAAUUAAUGCCAAGAAGACUGAGGUUUGCAUCAGCCUGCACUGCAGAAGAUGUAUGCAAAACCAGCUAUCACCAGUGAAGGUACCACAUUCUGUCUGUACUGAAAGCUGCCAACCUGGCUACCAAAAGGUUUCUCGUCAAGGGCAGCCUCUCUGUUGCUUUGACUGUCUGGCCUGUUCCAAGGGAGAAAUCACCAACCAAACUGAUGCAGUGAGUUGCUUGAAGUGUACUGAAGACUUAUGGUCUAAUGAGAAACGAGAUAGAUGCAUUCCCAAAAUCCUGGACUAUCUCUCGUAUGAAGACCCUAUUGGAGCUUCACUAUUUUUUUGUUCAAGUACCCUGAGUGUUUUGACAGUUUCCAUUCUCUGCAUUUUCAUUAAGUUCAAGGACACUCCAAUAGUCAAAGCUAACAACCGUGAGCUCAGCUACUUACUACUACUUGCCCUCAUGUUCUGCUUCCUGUGUUCCCUGCUUUUCAUUGGUCGUCCCAUGAAGCUGAACUGCAUGUUCCGUCAGAUGGUGUUUGGUCUGACAUUCUCCCUUUGUGUGUCUUGUAUUUUAGCCAAAACUGUAACUGUGGUGAUUGCCUUUAGUGCCACAAAACCUGGAAGCAGGUUAAGGAAUUGGGUAGGAUCCAGGGUAUCUACUUUGAUUGUCAUUGUGGGAUCAUUGGUUCAAGUGAUCAUAUGUUUUGUUUGGUUGUCUUUAUCUGCUCCUUUCCCAGAAUUCAAAAAGACCUCAGAAGAUGGAAAGAUAAUCAUUGAGUGCAAUGAAGUUUCAGCAGUAGCUUUUUGGAGCAUGCUGGGAUAUCUUGGCUUGUUAGCUGUUGUUUCCUUUGUAGUUGCCUUCCUAGCCAGGAACUUACCUGGCAGCUUCAGUGAGGCCAAGUAUAUUACCUUUAGCAUGCUGGUAUUUGUCAGUGUGUGGCUGUCAUUUAUUCCUGCAUACCUGAGCACCAGGGGGAAGUAUAUGGUUGUCGUGGAAAUUUUUGCCAUCUUGACUUCUAGUGCUGGAAUGUUAGGCUGUAUAUUCUUACAUAAAUGUUACAUCAUAAUACUGAGGCCAGAACUGAACACCAGGGGAUAUCUGAUAGGGAAAAGUGAGUCAUAA